AUGCUGCAUGCUUUAUCAUUAGUGUCAAUCGAGACUAGAGCAUGUAUUGAACGACCAAAAAACCAAUUACUAUCUGAGCGAUAUACUCGUCAGGAGGUGCUUCACAAGGAAUGCUGCGUAGCCUUCUACAUUCGUCCUCCGCGUCAUGGUGCCUACAGACUCCUAAUCUACGCCAAGAAACGCGAUGGAAGUGGAAGCAGUACCAGCGGUAGUAUGGAUGGUGUCUAUCAACCGGAGGAUUUGGGAUCGCCAGGUUCGGGAGAAAAGAGCCUCUACGGCGCAGUCUGUGAAUAUCGUCUGAUGGCGCGCGUGUCCUCCAACGCGUGUCUGCCACCUUUCCCACCUUGUCAGACUACUAAUUACGGCCCGACUGAGGUGAGCACUUCCUCGGUAUUGCUAUGCUUUUCUAUGAGAUUCAUUGACAUUAAAGGUCGUCAAAUGAAUACAAUUUCAGUAAAGGGUCAAUAUCUUCCGAUAUUGUAG